AUGGGGAAUCAGCCCACAAAACUCACUGCUGACGAGCAGUGGCAGCCAGGUGUAGGUGUGAAGGGGAACCCUGGUGGUUACCUUGACUACAAGGCUCACCCUUACAGGACCCCAGCUGAUGCCAACAGCAGCCGAGCCACGAGAAAGAAAGAGAAGAUGGACAGCUUCUGUCCCCAGUGUGGAGAAAGAUCCAGAAGCAGAGCUGGACUGCAGACAGCCAGUCAGAGCAGCUGUGUACAAACAGAUGUUGGUCUGCAGGAGGUUUUAGAUGAACAUAAGAUCAGUCUGAGGAGGAGAUGUGAACGUGUGACUGAAGGAAGUGAUGAAACAGGAAGUAGAACCCUCCUCAACGGGAUCUACACUGAGCUCUACAUCACAGAGGGACAGAGUGAAGAGGUUCAUACCCAACAUGAGGUGAGGCAGCUGGAGACAGCUUCCAAGAUGGACGCCCUCCAUGACGCUCCAAUCAGGUGCCAGGACAUCUUUAAAGCCUUACCUGACCAACAGAGACCCAUCAGAGUGGUUCUGACCAACGGCGUGGCUGGUGUUGGAAAAACCUUCUCAGUGCAGAAGUUCACUCUGGACUGGGCAGAGGGCUUGGAGAACCAACAUGUCAGUGUGGUGGUUCUGCUUUCAUUCAGGGAGCUGAACCUGAUCAGAGAUGAGCAGUACAGUCUUCUGGAGCUGCUCCAUGUUUUCCAUCCAACAUUACAGAAGGUCACAGCAGAGAAGCUGGCUGUCUCUCAGCUUUUGUUCAUCUUUGACGGCCUGGAUGAAAGCAGACUUUCAUUGGAUUUCACCAACAGGAAGCUGCUGUCUGAUGUCACACAGAAGUCAUCAGUCAGCCAGCUGCUGACAAACCUCAUCCAGGGGAAUCUGCUUCCCUCGGCUCUCGUCUGGAUAACUUCCCGACCUGCAGCAGCCAAUCAGAUCCCUCCUACAUGUGUUGACAGGCUAACAGAAGUACGAGGCUUCACUGACGCCCAGAAGGAGGAGUACUUCAGGAGGAGAUUCAGUGAUGAAGAGCUGUCCAGCAGAAUCAUCUCCCACAUGAAGACAUCCAGGAGCCUCCACAUCAUGUGUAGUAUCCCAGUCUUCUGCUGGAUCACUGCUACAGUUCUGGAGCACAUGUUGACUACAGAGCAGAGAGGAGAGCUGCCCAAGACCCUGACUGACAUGUACUCACACUUCCUGCUGGUUCAGACAAAGAGGAAGAAGAACAAGUACCAUGAGGGACAUGAGACGAGUCCACAGGAGCUGACGGAGGCUGACAGGGAAGUUCUUCUGAAGCUGGGGAGGCUGGCGUUUGAACAUCUGGAGAAAGGAAACAUCAUGUUCUACCAAGAAGACCUGGAGCAGUGUGGUCUGGAUGUGACAGAGGCCUCGGUGUACUCAGGAGUUUGUACAGAGAUCUUCAAAAGAGAGUGUGUGAUCUUCCAGAAACCAGUCUACUGCUUUGUUCAUCUGAGCAUUCAGGAGUUUCUGGCUGCUGUCUACAUGUUCCACUGUCACACCAACAGGAAGACAGAGGUGCUGAAGAACUUUUUGGGAGAAAAUUACUACGAGUCCUCUCUAAAUCAUUUCCUGAACCGAGCCAUGGAGAAAUCCCUCCGGAGUAAAAAUGGCCACCUGGACCUGUUUGUUCGCUUCCUUCAUGGCCUCUGUCUGGAGUCCAACCAGAGACUCUUAGUAGGUCUGCUGGGUCAGACAGAGAACGGUCCAGGAACCAUCCAGAGAGUCAUCAACAACCUGAAGAAGAUGAACAGAUAUGAAAUCUCUCCUGACAGAAGCAUCAACAUCUUCCACUGUCUGAUGGAGAUGAACCACCUCUCAGUACAUCAGGAGAUCCAAGAUUUCCUGAAGUCAGAGAACAGAUCAGAGAAGGAACUCUCUGAGAUCCAGUGCUCAGCUCUGGCCUUCAUGCUGCAGAUGUCAGAGGAGGUUCUGGAUGAGUUGGACCUGCAGAAGUACAACACAUCAGAGCAUGGACGACAGAGACUGAUUCCAGCUGUGAGGAACUGCAGAAAGGCUGGACUGACUCGGUGUGGACUGUCAGAGUCUCACUGUGAAGUUGUGACCUCAGCUCUGAAGUCCAACCCCUCCCAUCUGACAGAGCUGGACAUGAGUUGGAACAACCUGCAGGAUUCAGGGAUGAAGCUUCUGUGUGCUGGACUGGAGAGUCCAAACUGUCAGCUGGAGACUCUGAGAUUGUGGGACUGUGGUUUGUCAGAGAUCAGCUGUGAUUAUCUGGCAGCAGCACUGAAGUCCAACCCCUCCCAUCUGAGAGAGCUGGACCUGAGUAACAACUACAAGCUGCAGGAUUCAGGAGUGAAGCAUCUGUGUGGUUUCCUGGAGAGUCCAGGAUGUGGACUUGAAGCUCUGAGAUUGUGGGGCUGUGGUUUGUCAAAGAUCAGCUGUGAUUAUCUGGCAGCAGCACUGAAGUCCAACCCCUCCCAUCUGAGAGAGCUGGACCUGAGAGGAAACAACCUGAAGGAUCCAGAUGUGAAGCAGCUGUCUGAUCUUCAGCAGAGUCCAGACUACAGACUGGAGACUCUGAGGCGGAGCUGAUGGUAAACAGGACGGUGUGUGUGCUGAGAGAGGAGCAGCUGUGUCCUGAUGAUCCAGAGAGGUUGAAGCAGCAGCAGCUUGUGUGUAGAGACGCUCUGACUGGGCCAUGUUACUGGGAGGUGGAGAGGAGAGCUUCAUCCAGCAGUGACUGACAGAGGAAUGAAGUGCAGAUGACUGUCAGUGCUGCAGACUG